AUGCUUACAACUUUACGUGUAUCGUUAUGUAAAGCACGAUGUUUACACAUUCGAUUUCUUUACACAGGCAAGAAAGAACUUUCUCCAUUAGUCGCUUAUCAAAAAAAAGUCGAUGACAAUGAAUUACGUUUUGAUCAACAUCAACAUCAUCUGAUGUUACAACUCGAUCAACUUUGGUAUCAACUUCAAAAUUAUGAACCGUCGUCAAAUGCGCAAUCUAGUCUGAAUCGCUUGAAAAAAACCAAUGAUCACAGCAAAAAUGACGUACUUUCCACUGUUGUUCAAGAUAUACUAUCUGAAACAUGGUUAUUAUGUUUUGAUGAAUUUCAAGUAACUGACAUUGGCGAUGCUAUGAUAAUAAGACGUUUGUUUGAACAUUUAUUUGCCAAUGGAAUGGUCAUGGUUUCAACAUCUAAUCGCCGUCCUGAUGAUCUCUAUUACAAUGGUUUAAAUCGUGAAUUAUUUCUACCAUUUAUUCCAUUUUUAAAAAAACAUUGUCAAAUAUACGAUAUGGGUUCAACGCUUGAUUAUCGUCUCACAGGAACAGAUGGUCAAGUACAAACCGUGUUUGAUGCAAGAAAACCGUCUACAGAGCGUGAAAUUAACUUAUUAUGUGAAAAACUAAUUGCGCCACAUACACCACAACCACAAGAAUUAGAUGUAAUGGGUAGAAAAUGUUAUAUUCCAUGGCAAGCACGAGGUGUCGUUAAAUUUACGUUUCAGGAGUUAUGCACUAAAAAUUUAUUUUCUGCAGAUUUUAUUGCAAUCGCCUCAACAUAUCAUACAUUGGUUCUAUUGAAUAUACCAAAAUUAAAUAUCGAACAUCGUGAUCAAAUAAGACGUUUUAUUAUUUUAAUUGAUGAAUUGUACAAUUAUUACACAAAACUAAUAUGUUCUAUACUAGUCGAUGAUGUUCGAGAAAUUUUUACUCCACUAAAAGAUAAUAAGAAUUUAAAACGAGAAGAUCUGAUGUCAAUGGACGAAUUUCACGCAUUCGAUCGAACAGUAUCCAGACUAAUUGAAAUGCAAAGUAAAGAAUAUCUGGCUAAACCAAAAUUAUUUUCAAAGAAAGUGCAAGAUGAAUGGUCAAAACUCUGA